AUGGAGUCGAUCAUCGCGGCUCAGCAAGAGCUACAUGGGCGCAUAGCUCGCACGAUCGACAACCUCAAAAAGGCAGGCGCCGCGCGGAUUAAUGGAGCACUCAUCUCAACCACAUUGCGGCUGUUGGACAGCAAGUGGGCUCGGUUUGAGGAGCAACACGAGAAACUGCGCUUGCAGCACUGGGAUGCGGUGAAGACCCAGGAGUACUACACCCAGGACUACUGGGGACAAACGGAGGAGGUUUACGUGCUCCAACGAGCAGCAUUACUUGAAUGGGACGAAAAGGUGAAGCGGGAGAAUGUGAAAAAGGAACGGGAGGCCGGAGACACUAGCCCAGCUCCGCCCCCGCGAACAACAUUACCUCGGAUUCAACUCCCCACCUUCUCAGGAAAGUAUGAGGACUGGCCGCCAUUUCGGGACCUGUUUAAGUCACUCAUCGUAGCGGACACCUCCAUCUCCAACGUCACGAGGCUGCACUACUUGAAGACGAGUCUGAAGGGAGAAGCCGAAUCUCUGGUGAGCAGCUUACCUACAACAGAAAAGAAUUUCAAGCGUGCCUGGCAGACGCUGGUCAACCAUUACGAGAACACACGUAUCUUGGUCCGAUCCUUUUACUCCAAAUAUACCGCCUUGCCGAAAAUGAAGACUGAGUCGCCUUCGGAGCUGCGCAAGCUCUUCCAUCACAUGACCAGCACGGUCAGUGCUCUGGAGAGCAUUGGGCGACCCAUCACCAGCAGUGAGGACCUCUUCGUGUUUCUCACUGUUGAAAUGCUGGAUCCUCGCUCCCGGCGGGAGUGGGAGAAUUCGAUCGGGGCGUCGGCAGACCCCCCGACGCACAAGGAGCUGCUGGCCUUCUUGGAACAACGCUCACACACCUUGGAGGCAUUGCACCCGAGCAAGGGUGAGUCCGUACGAGCUGCCCAGUCUCAUCAUGUUCAGGCCGAACCAUCCAAGAAGCAGAAGGAACGAUGCACGUUGUGUCGAAAGGAUCACUUCCUGAUGAUGUGCGAUACCUUCCGCGGGAAAUCGGCAGGGGACAGGAAGCGCUUCGUAGAGGACACUCAGUUGUGCUUGAACUGCCUAGGGAAACACAAGGUUAGUGAGUGCAAGUCGAAACGGAACUGUACGGUAUGCGAGGGGCGGCAUCAUUCGUCGCUUCAUGAAGCAUGCCGGUCGCGCGCGGUGGAAGCGGCUCCAGCUGUAGGCAACGACGUUGUGUCAACCCUCGUCGCGCAGCGGCAGUCAGAGGGCCGCUGCGCUGUGCUACUCGCGACAGCGCGAAUUCAAGCUCGCGAUAGGUUCGGCGAGAUGCAUUCCACACGUGCGUUAGUGGACCAAGGCUCAGAGACGUCCAUCGUGACCGAAGCAUUCGCCCAGCGUCUGAGACUCUCACGGACGAGAGCGUCUAUCGCGAUCUUUGGCGUGGGGGGCAGACAGAUCAACGUGGCGAACGGGCGCGUGGAGUUCGAGAUUUCCCCAACUAACGGAGGCCGCACAUUCUCGGUGUCCGCGAUCGUGCUUCCGCGACUCACAAUUUACGCGGGCGUUAGCAGCCUGGCGAUGGCAGAGUGGUCGCAUCUCAGGGGCCUCGAGCUGGCGGAUCCGGACUACAUGUCGGCAGACAACGUCGAGGUGCUACUCGGAGCCGACGUUUACGCCGAGAUCCUUGAGACCGGGAUCCGAAGGGGAGGAGCACGCGAGCCAAUCGCCCAACGAACCGCGCUGGGAUGGAUCGUCUCUGGCAUUGCUGGCCCGGUGACCUCACACGCGACAACGAUGCUACACCAAUGCUCGGUCGGGGAACCAUUGGCGGCGUUGGUCAAGCGAUUCUGGGAACAGGAGGAGAUAACUGUGCCGGACGCCUCUCUCACCAGAGAGGAACGCGAAUGUGAGGAACGGUUCGUCAGUACGCACACGCGCGAACCGGACGGCCGGUACUGUGUGCGACUUCCAACGAUCCUGCCACUCCCGGAUUGCUCAUCGACGCGGGGAGUCGCUUUACAAACGCUCGCCCGACUGGAACGACGAUUCAAGCAACAGCCACAUCUGAAACAAGGGUAUGAGCAAUUCCUGUCAGAAUACGAGCAGCUGGGGCACAUGUCGCGGGCCGGGCCGGCAAACGAGCAGGGGCGAGUGUGUUACCUGCCGCACCAUGGCGUGAUGAAGGAAUCGAGCAGCACGACUAAGCUGCGCGUCGUGUUCAACGGCUCCGCGGCCAUUCCGGGAGCGAAAGGGGACUCGCUCAACAAGCGACUGCUCGUGGGCCCGAAUCUGCUGCCUCCACUGGCUGACGUGUUGCUGAGGUGGCGAUGUCAUCGGUACGUUGUGGCGGCUGACAUCGAAAAGAUGUACCGCCAGAUCUGGGUACAUCCACUGGAUCGGGACUUGCAGCGGAUUGUUUGGCGGGCUGACACUGGCGAGCUCUCAGACUUUCGUCUGAACACCGUGACUUACGGCUUAGCGUGUGCCCCUUACCUGGCCAUACGGACGCUGCGUCAGUUGGCGGACGAUGAGUCGGGGAAGUACCCGAUUGGUGCGAGCGUGCUCCGCCGGGACACCUAUGUCGACGACGUCCUGACGGGAGCUGACACCAGAGGGAAGGUCCGACAGAUCAUAGCUCAGACACGAGAGCUCUGCAAGGCGGGCGGCUUUCUCCUGAAAAAAUGGGUAAGCAAUCAGGAGAUACUCUUGAAGGACAUCGCGGUGGAUGACUUGGCGCUCCCGGGCGUGCGGGCAUGGCUGCCCCACGCCAGUCACUCCACUCUGGGCCUCCAAUGGCAUCCGACCAAGGACUCGUUCUCGUUCGACAUCAGGAUGACAGCAUCCGGACCUGUCACGAAGAGAUCGGUCCUUUCUCAGUCUGCACAACUGUUCGACCCACUGGGGUGGCUUGCCCCGGUCGUGGUACGAGCAAAAAUCUUUAUUCAGGGCACCUGGCUGCAGGGUCUGGAUUGGGACGCCCCAUUGCCGACCAGCAGCUGUUCCACGUGGCGGGACUUCCUGGACGAGCUCCCGGAAUUGGCGGUGAUUCGGGUUCCCAGGUGGCUCCAGUGGACACCGGACAGCGAGACCGCCGAAAUCCAUGGAUUUGCGGAUGCUUCCGAGCGAGCUUACGCCGCGGCUAUCUACCUACGGGUUAGAAGAGGGGGAGGCGACUGGACGGCGAAUCUGGUGCUGGCGAAAACAAAGGUCGCCCCUCUGAAACAGAUUUCUCUACCUAGGUUGGAGUUGUGCGCGGCCACCUUGCUGACCCGCUUGGCCAUCCAUGUGCGGAGGGUCCUUCAAUUAGAGGCACUGCCGACUCACCUGUGGUCUGACUCCACGGUGACCCUAGGCUGGAUUCGAGGUCAUCCAUCAAGGUGGAAGACCUUCGUUGCGAAUCGGGUCGCGGAGAUCCAGACCACACUGCUCGAGGCUCAGUGGCAUCACGUGGCGAGCCAGGACAAUCCGGCGGAUUGCGCGUCACGUGGCCUGACGCCGCAGGCCCUGGCUGAUCACCCCCUCUGGUGGCGGGGUCCUGCGUGGCUGCACGAAGGGGAGGCCCCCUGGAAGGCGACGGCAGACACCAACACCGAUGAGGACUUACCCGAGGCAAGGACAAGACAGCAUGUGGGGGUGGCGCAAUCGACGACCGAGGCGUCUGACAUGUUGCUUCGAUACUCCACCCUUAGCCGGCUGCUGAGGAUCACGGCGUGGUGUCGACGCUGGUUACGCGGGGUGACUCGAGCGAGGUCCGAGGAGGAAGUCCUUGCACUCUCGGCCGCGGAACUGGAGGACGCACUCGGGUCAUGGGUGCGCCUGGUGCAAACCAAUACCUACGGCAAGGAAAUUGAGGUUAUCCAGAAUGGGCAAGAGCUGACACGGAGCAAUUCGUUGAGCAGACUCACCCCAUUCAUCGACGCUGAGGGCGUGUUGCGAGUCGGAGGCAGAAUAAGACACUCUCUACUCGCCUACGAGGAGAAGCAUCCCGCUAUUUUGCCCAGGCACUCCACACUCACUGCACUCAUCGUGGCCUCGUGCCAUUCACGCACCCACCAUGGUGGUGUGCAACAAACGUUGGGGCUGCUGCGGCAACGGUACUGGGUGCCAAGUGGAAGGAGCGCGGUCAAGGGUCACAUCCAGCGCUGUAUCCAAUGCACGCGAUGGCGGGCGGCCACUCCCCAACAGCUGAUGGGCGACUUACCUGAGCCACGGGUGACUCCGUCACGUCCGUUUAGUCACACAGGGGUCGACUACGCCGGACCAGUGAUGCUGCGUUCCUCCAGGGGUCGUGGUCACAAGGCAAGCAAGGCCUUCAUUGCCGUGUUCGUGUGUUUUAGCACCCGAGCAGUCCACCUGGAAGUCGUGUCUGAUUACACAGCUGAGGCGUUCCUGGCGACCAUGCGGCGCUUCGUCGCUCGACGAGGAUCACCCCAGGCCAUGUACAGCGAUCGAGGUACGAAUUUUGUAGGUGCUGAGGCGGAACUGAGGGCGAUGUUCGACGACGGAUCCCGGGACGCACGACGCAUCGAACAGGCGCUGGCCGAUGAAAGCAUACAGUGGCAUUUCAAUCCACCGGCAGCACCUCACUUCGGCGGCUUGUGGGAAGCAGCGGUCAAGUCGCUCAAACAUCACCUGCGACGGGUGCUCGGCGACAGCACCCUUACGUACGAGGAGAUGGCGACAUUUCUGGCUGAAGUCGAAGCAUGCCUCAACUCCCGCCCGCUCUGCCCACUGUCUGACGACCCGGAGGAUGUGGCAGCCCUCACCCCGGGUCAUUUUUUAAUUGGAGGGCCUCUACUGGCCCUGUCUGAGCGAUCCUUGUUGGACGUGCCGGUGAAUCGCUUGUCACGCUGGCAGCACGUUCAGCAAAUGCGUGAACACUUCUGGCGCCGAUGGUCGCAGGAAUACUUGCACUCGCUGGCUCAUCGGCCCAAGUGGUGGACCUCGGCACCGGCCCCGCAGGUGGGACAGCUGUGCCUGGUGCGCAGCGAGACCACAUCGCCAGCAAAGUGGCCACUCGCUCGGAUCACUGCCAUCCACCCGGGGGAUGACGGACGCGUUCGGGUGGUCACGGUGACCACGGCCACGGCGACGUUAAAGCGACCGCUCACGAAGAUUAUACUGUUGCCUCGCGAAUCGCGGGACCACGUGCGCGGCGCUGACUCAAAGUGA